GGAGAGGCGGCGUUGACAGCUGCAGCGCGGUGCGAGUGGGGGGCGCGGCGGGGAGCGGCAUCCCCAGCGCCCGCCCCGCUGGCAUGGGGGGCAACGAGAGCAGCCACGGCGGCAGGAAGGUCUCCUUCGGGCUGGAUGAGCGGGAGCAAGUCCGGGUGCUGCAGGGCAUCAGGCUCACUGAAGAUGUAGUGAACCGAAUGAAGGAAUCUCAAGGUAAACGGGACAGCCAGAGAUCGCCCCGUUCAUCCAGUGGCACAGCUCGGUUUUCACCAGCUGCAGAAGGGAAAGCCAAGUCUCCCACAGGAAUCCAACCACCAAUGGCAGGUCAGAAGUCUUCUGCUGCAGAACAAGAAUUGUACAGGAGGUAUGAGCAAGAACAGGCACUGGUCCAAGAGGAGUUGCUCCGACUGGCCAAAAGAGAAAGGGAAGCAGCCAGUGAGGCCUUGAAUACUGCUCUUCAGCGGGAAAGGAACGCCACCAAUGAAGAGAGGCAGAGAGUAGCCCAGCUGCCUGAGGAUUUGGACGCCUGGGCUGUGGAAUUGCAAGGCAGGGAGGCAGAGCUGAAGCGGCAAGAGGCCUUCUAUAAAGAGCAGUUGGCCCGCAUUGAGAGGAAGAAUGCAGAGAUCUACAAGCUGACAUCCGAGCAGUACCAGGAGGCAGCCACCAAAGCAGAGGAGUGGAUAAAGAGGAGGAACACUGAUCCUGUCUGUGCAAGCCUGCAGUCUGAAAUUCUGAAGUGCUACCAAGAAAACAAACAUGAAGUGCUCAAAUGCUCGGAGCUGGCUAAGGAAUAUCAGCGCUGUGUUAGUGCAGCUCAGAAGGAGCUGUUAGUUAAAUCUGGGUGAACAUCAGCCACCAAAGAGCAGAGGACAGGGACCACAAAUGCACUUGGAAGCCCCAGCAUCCUUCUGGAUAGAAACUGACCAAAACUGGUGCCUUCUGCCCUUCGUGGUCCAAGACAAGGACAUGAUUCCUCUUCCAAUUGCCUGCAUGUAUCAGUCUUAGCGGAUGUUCCUGGAGGAGGGUCCCAGGACAGUGGGAUGCUGUCAUUUCCUUCUUUAUUGUAUUACAAUGUAAAGAAUCAUAUUGACCCCAGGUACUUCCAGCACAGCUUAUAGCUUGGAGGCUUGCCUAACACAUGCCUGGUUCACCUUGUGCUAGCUUUGGUUUCACCAAUCCAUAUAUGAAUUUCAGGAGCUGUUACCUCUGUCCAUUUGCUCUGAAGAAGGGGGUCUGAAGUAUUUGGCAGUAAUCCUGACUAGCUUGUUAGGACUAACAGUUCCUAGCAUGCUCCUAUCUGUUACGCUAGCAGGCACCUUUCUUCCCUUCCAAGGUUCCCUCCUAAACAAUAAAGUGUUUAAUGGUCA